AUGGCUUCAACUACUUCAGGUACCACGGCGACUGAUGCCGGACCGUUCGACAUCGUCGCGACCUACAAUGAACUUCUCCGCUCCGAUCCUGACCUUACGAUGCCUAUCGCGGCCAUUGAAGCUCUGGUCUUGCUCCUCACACAAUCUGUCUCCUCGACGAUAUCAGAAACUAUGGACCUGCUCGAAAAGUCCACCACCCACCUCAAGAAGUCCAUUCCCAACCCCAUCGGUCUCUCCGCCGGUACCGAUCUCUUCCAACGGUACCUGAUUACCACACUACAGCGCCCUGGCUUGUUGGGACCUGCGGGUGACUUCAAGGCCAUUCGCACCCAUCUUCUGACAAAUGGCCGCUUGUUCAUUCGCCGUGCAAAGGAAAGUCGUCACAAGAUCGCAGAUUUCGGGCGUGGCUUCAUUCGCGACGGCAGCACUAUUCUCACAAACGGUGGCUCUCGUGUUGUCGCUGCUCUUCUGCAAAAGGCCGCGGACGAAGAGGGCGGACCUUCGGCGGUGCGAUUCCGCGUGAUCUACGUUCUAUCCUCGACUGCCCAAGAUUGCGAUCAUCCCAAUGAAGAACCGGAGGGUAUGGAGACUGUACGAGCUCUGCGAGAGAAGGGUGUUCCGGUCUCAACGAUCCCUGAGUCCGCUGUCGCAUAUUCCCUCGGCAAGGCCGAUAUGGUGAUUGUGGGUGCUGAGGGAGUGGUGGAAAACGGAGGCAUUGUGUCUCGCAUGGGAACUUACCAGAUUGGAAUUCUCGCCAAAGCUAUUGGAAAGCCAUUCUACGUGGUUGCUGAGAGCCACAAGUUCGUCCGCCUGUACCCUCUUGGCCAAUAUGAUCUGCCGAUCAAACAGCGCGUCAUUGAGUUCAAGUCUGCAGAGGACAUUGCCGAAGACAGCAAGCAAGACUCACCCGCCCUAGGCGCAAAUGGCGACAACCAAAUCGAGCUGCCGCUAUGCCACUCCGUUGAUUUCACACCACCUCAUUUGAUCUCGGCCCUGAUCACAGACAGCGGUGUUCUGACCCCCAGUGCGGUCAGUGAAGAGCUGAUCAAGAUUUGGUUCUGA